AUGAUGGAGUGGAGGGACAGCUUCUUGGACUUGGUGCUGAUCCCGGUCAGCUUGCUCCUUCCCAUGGUGUACCACGUCUGGCUCUGGCGCGAGGUCCGCCUCCGCCCGCUGCGCACUGCCGUCGGCAUCAACUCCGCCACCCGCCGCCUCUGGGCCAUCAACAUGAUGAAGGACAACGGGAAGAACGCGGUGACGGUGGUGCAGUCGUUGCGGAACGUGAUUAUGGGGUCGACGCUGAUGGCGACGACGGCGAUCCUCUUCUGCACGGGCAUCGCGGCGGUGCUGAGCAGCACCUACACCAUCAAGAAGCCGCUCAGCGACACCGUCUUCGGCUCUCACGGCGAGUACAUGAUGGCGCUCAAGUACGUCGCGCUGCUGCUCCUCUUCCUCUUCGCCUUCCUCUGCCAUUCCCUCGGCAUCUGCUUCCUCAACCAGGCCAACUUCCUCAUCAACACCUCCGGCUCCCUCUUCGCCGCCGACGCCGACGCAGAGUCCGGCAGCCUCGGCCUGCCGUCCGACUACAUCAACGAGAUCCUGGAGCGCGGGUUCACCCUCAACUUCGUCGGCAACCGGCUGUUCUACGCCGGGGUGCCCCUCCUCCUCUGGAUCUUCGGCCCGCUACUGGCCUUCUUGUCCUCCACGGUCAUGAUCCCGAUACUCUACUAUCUCGACAUCGUGAAUCUCAGAGGAGGCAGCGGCUGCGUCAAUGGGAAAUCUGCAGAGAUGAUGAAUGGGAGUGAGUGCAUGCAUGUCUCAAUCUGA